UUAUUCCAUUAAUUGAUUUGAUUAGUUAAAUGGUGGCAAUGAUCUCAACAACAACCAUAAAUAGCUUUAUAAUUACCUACGCAAUAUUAUAUGUUGGAGUUGGUUGUAAUAACUUUAUGGGUAAUAAUUAAUGCAAUAAUUGCAAUUACAUUGUGGUAAUCUCAAAAAGUACGGAUUCCUUACAACUAAAUUGCAUGUUUUGAUGUGUCCAGUAACAUUAUUUUAAUUAGAUGCAUAAACUGCAAAGUGUCGUCAGAACACUAAAAGGUGCGUCAGUAAAAAGCUUCGGGAUGACUUGCAAACGGCUCAAAUUAUUUGGAGGAAAGUUGAUUAAAUUAUGUGUUAACUCAAACUAAACCGGCAAAAUAUAAAUUAUUCAACGCUUAUCUAUUUGCCGGAAAACUAGAUGAAGAAUAUGUUAUUUGGAAUUAUAUGAUGAUUUGAUUGUGGUUCAUCAGUAAUCCGAGCAGGUUACUGAAACAACCUAAGCAACAUAGUUUGGAAAAACUGCUUUAUUUUAAAUUAGAUUUGUGGGUUUCAGUCGUUCUAGAUUCAAACAACUUUGCUGACAAUGAAUAAAUCAACUUACAUAUUAAUGAAAAAUGGGUUUCAUACAAAAAUUGGGCUUAAUUUUGUAGUUUGAUCAAUCCUUUCUUUUGGUUACUCUUGGGAUUUUCAUCCUGGUACAGAAUUUUUCGGGCUGUUUUUUCAAAUCCACAAACACGCCUAAGAAACCCGAAGCAAAAAUUAAUCUCUUCGACUUUCGAUAAAAAUCAUCAGGCUAAUAAUUGGCUGAAAUGUUUAAUUUUACAUUAAUUUUCCGUAUUUUGCACGUGUUGGUAGAAUGAACAUUUGCGCCUUGGACUUUUAUUUAGAUUGACGCACUAUUAUUAAUUUGUCGUAUGGUCAGGACAGGUCAAUUUUCGCAAGUUUCCAUUUCCAUUCAGAUAGAUUUGUAUCAAGCGCGCAUUGAAAAGUACCUAUGCGUGACUGUGAAAAUAUAAAAUUACGGUUAUUUGCUAAAAAGAAUUCAUUGAAACAAGAUUCUAGAUGUAUGCUGGUUUCGAAGUUUUCAAUCGAUCGAUGGAUUGUUAUUGUCAGGGCAGGCCGGUUUUGGUGAAAAAUAUAAUUUAAAAAAAUGAUCAUUCAUUAUGACUACGACCGUGGUCACGCCCGCGGAAAACAAUGCUUCCAACAUGACCCUGUUUCCGUUCCAAGAAGCCGCCCCUGGAAAAUUCGGCUAUCAACAGGCAUUCCUAGUGAUCCUGUUGAGCAUAGUGAUUGUGAUAGUAGUGAUAGGAAACACUCUAGUGAUAGCGGCCGUGAUCACAACGAAACGUUUAAGAACAGUCACAAAUUGUUUCGUCAUGUCUUUGGCGGUUGCCGAUUGGCUGGUGGGGAUUUUUGUGAUGCCACCAGCUGUUGCUUACCUUAUAAUGGGUGCAUGGGAGUUGGGAUGGGUGCUUUGCGACCUUUGGGUCUCGUUGGAUAUCCUUCUUUGUACGGCCUCAAUUCUCAGCUUAUGUGCGAUUAGUGUGGAUCGCUACUUGGCAGUCACCCAACCUCUCAGUUAUUCCAAAAAACGAAGAUCGAAAAGUUUGGCCUUCGUAAUGAUACUUAUCGUAUGGGUUAGUUCUGCAUUAAUCACCGCACCGCCCAUGUUCGGAUGGUACGAAUCAGGCAGACACGGCCAGAAAACCUGCAGAUAUAACCAAAACACUGGCUAUGUGAUCUUCUCUGCAAUGGGCUCGUUUUUCAUUCCCAUGAUUGUGAUGCUGUACGUCUACGUGAGAAUAUCCUGUGUUAUUGCCCAGAGACACGAUCAAUUGAGUCACAUAAAUAGCUCAUACACUAGGAAAAGUAAGCAGAAUGGGAUUACCAUUGAAGAAUCGGAUAUCGAAAGAAUCUCGGCCGAAACUGAAGACAGAUCUGCAAGCGCGCGCUCGUCCAGUUUGGUCAACAACUACAGAAAUAGCAUACUACCUGACACGCCUCGGAAAUCAUCCUCCAGACUACUCAAGCCGAACACAAGCUUUUCAUUCCAUGACCACAGAUCUUUAACUCCCGUUAGGAGCUACAACAAUUUUAGAUCAUCUUUGCCAACUAAACCAAUAACAUCACCAUCCCAAGUAGAAUUAACCAUGUUAAAUUAUGAGCCUGCAUCGAGAGUAUCGUCGUUGCGAAGAGAAUCAAAGACUGCACAAACCCUUAGCAUCGUAAUGGGUGGUUUCAUCCUAUGUUGGCUUCCAUUUUUCAUCAACUACUUGCUUACGCCGUUCAUUCAACCCAACGAAGUCAACCGGCUCAUCAUGCUCUAUAUGACAUGGCUGGGAUGGAUUAACUCAGCUAUCAAUCCAUUUAUCUACGCCUUUUAUAGUCCCGACUUCAGAAUAGCCUUUUGGCGAUUAACUAUCAAUCACUUCAAAAAGGGGGUAAAUGAUAGGGCAGAGUUCAUUGAGUCGCAACCAAAACGAUUAGAAUUGGGAUAACCUGUCCAGUGCAAGUGAAUUUUAAAAUUCAUCUUUAAAGGCGUACAAAAAAGUUACUCUUAACGAUGUUAAAAAACCAAACUGAUUAUUUGUGCUUGUUAUUGUUGUAGAUGCUGAUGCCGCAAUAAAGUAGUAAAGCAAAUUUCAA